AUGGACCCGCUGCCCGCGGCGGCAGUCCCGGCAGCGGCUGAGGUGGAGGCGGACGAGGAGGCGGAUCUCCCGGCGGCAGGCCUGCCCCCGCCCCCGGCCAGCGAACCCAGAGACCCGGACCCCAGGCGGAUGCAGGUGCCGCCGGGCAACCCGCUGCUGCUGUCGCACACGCUGCCGGAGCUGCUGGCCCGCGACGCCGUGCAGGUGGAGCUCAUCCCCGAGAAGAAGGGCCUCUUCCUCAAGCAUGUGGAGUACGAGGUGUCCAGCCAGCGCUUCCGGGCCUCCGUGUACAGACGGUACAAUGACUUCGUGGUCUUCCACGCGCUGCUGCUGCAGAAGUUCCCCUACAGAAUGGUGCCUGCCCUGCCGCCCAAGAGGAUGCUGGGAGCGGACAGGGAGUUCAUCGAGGCGCGGAGGAGGGCGCUGAAGCGCUUCAUCAACCUGGUGGCCCGGCACCCCCCCUUCUCCGAGGACGAGGUGCUCAGGCUGUUCCUGUCCUUCAGCGGCCCCGACGUGCAGAGCAAGCUGAAGGAGUCCGCGCAGUGUGUGGGAGAUGAGUUCCUCAACUGCAAGCUGGCGACGCGGGCCAAGGACUUCCUGCCCGCGGACAUCCAGACGCAGUUCGCCGUCAGCCGGGAGCUGGUGCGGAGCGUCUACAACAGCUUCCACAAGCUGCGCGACCGGGCGGAGCGCAUGGCGGCCAGGGCCAUCGACAACGCCGCCGACCUGCUUAUCUUCGGGAGGGAGCUGAGUGCUUUAGGGUCUGACACGACCCCGCUCCCCUCCUGGGCCGCGCUGAGCAGCAGCACGUGGGGGGCCCUGAAGCAGGCGCUGAAGGGCCUGUCCGUGGAGUUCGCUGUGCUCGCAGACAAGGCUGCGCAGCAGGGCAAACAGGAGGAGGACACUGUGGUGGAGAAGCUGAACCUCUUCCUGGACCUGCUCCAGGCCUACAAGGACCUGUGUGAGCGGCACGAGAAGGGCGUGCUGCACAAGCACCAGCGGGCCCUGCACAAGUACAGCCUCAUGAAGCGGCAGAUGAGCGCCGCCGUGCACAGCCACGAGCCCGAGUCCGUGGAGCAGCUGGAGUCGCGCAUCAUGGAGCAGGAGAACGCCAUCCAGACGAUGGAGCUGCGGAACCACUUCUCGCUGUUCUGCCUGCACCAGGAGACGCAGCUGGUCCACGCCUACCUGCCGCUCACCUCCCACAUCCUGGGGGCCUUUGUCAGCUCCCAGAUCCAGGGUCACAAGGAGAUGAGUAAGGUGUGGAACGACCUGAAGCCCAAGCUGCACUGCCUGUUCUCGGGACCUGCCAGCGCCCUGACCCCGCCUCGGUCCCCGCGGGAUGGCCUGUCUCCUCACUAG